AUGAUCGGCUAUAUAUACUCGCCCUCUGAGGUAUGGGUCAACGCCGGAUUCCCCCGCGCUCUCGAUGACCGCUACAUUAAGGAGGCUCUGAGCGAGUUCAUCAAGAUGGCCCUGUCCCAGAGCACCAGCCUCCUCGAUAGUCCGCCCCAGGACGAGUUUAACGACAAGGACUGGAUGGCCAGUGUUAUCAACGGGUCUGCCAACCUCAGGACGGGCAUUAUGAAGCGCGACUCCGACUAUGGCGAUGAAUGGACAGCUAUUAUGCUACGCGUCGUGCUACUGGGGCCCAUCUUCAUGCUUGCUUCCCAGGGCGCCGAGGUCUCCGUCUCCGGCUAG